GGCGGCUGCAGGUCUCCACCGGCAAGCUGGCCGAGGCGCUGGCUGCUGUACAAGCCGCCAACCAGCCCGAUGAGGUCGCCCGCUACACAGAACCACCGGAUGAGGCAGCCCUAGCCGCCGCCACAGCUGCCGUACUAGGGGGGAUUAUUAACGGCGGUGGUAGCGGUGGAGCGAGUGGUGGUGGCAGUGUCAGUAGUGCCUCGUUGACCCCAACAGCCGCCGCUGCUACCUCCGUUAGCGCGGUUAGCGCGCCUCGAGCUAGCCCUCGUCGCAGCACUCUUCCUCCAGGUAGUGGCGGCACGAGACGACCAAGCACACCUGCACGCGACUCAGUUGCUGCCGUAUCCGCGACAUCCUCCUCGUUGUCCACCUCGCCCCUUUCAUCAUCCACCAUCCCAACUACCGCUACUAGUGGUAGUACGACAAGUAGUACAGGAGCAGCAGAUGCAGCGCUGGUAGUAGACAGUGAGGCUACGGCAAUGGGAUUGGCGGCAGGCACAGCGGCAGCGGUUGUUGUACCGCCACCCCACGCACAUACGCCCUCGCCGCCGAGGACUCCGGUCACGGGAGCAGCACACCCUCGUCCCAGCCGCAUGGUGUCAGCUACAGGUGUCUUGCCCUCUUCUGCCCGCGCCUCCACUGCCGCCACACCAUUGGCAGCAACGGCGGCGUCCUCCUCCCCAGCUCAAAAUCCCUCACCCUCCUCCUCUCAAGCAGCAGGAACCGCCCCCGUCCUGAUCCCGCUACCGCCGAUGCCUUCUGCCGCCUUAGCCACUACGGCUGGGGGUGCUGUUGACUCUGAAGAUGCAGAGGAGGAGGAGGGCGUGCCGCAGCUGUUCCAG